AUGCAGACAGUUAAAGAAACGUUGUUGUAUUACAUAAAAUUCUUCAAUUUCUCUCACACAUUAACUCAAUCGUACUCAUUCAACAUGGACGGUGCUGUCAGCCAACACUAUAAAGAAGCUACAGACAGUAAAUUGACCAGUAAAGACAAGGAACUUCUCAGUGAAACUAAAUCGCCUACAAAAGAUUCUGAUUUACAAGCUGAAAAGUUUGGUGGAGACACACCAAGUCAGCAAGGUAGCGGAACAGCUACGACACUCGAUAAUGCCAGUGGACAAACGAAUCCUAACGUUAUCUACUAA